AUGAAAUUCAUUACCGCCGCCCUUAUAGCUUCACUCAUAGGCAUGUCAGCUUCAUAUAUGGAAGACUAUGAUGAUGAUAUUGAGUUUGAUUAUACCUACAAAUUGCCUGUGCUUGACGAAAACUUUAAAUUAGACUGUUAUGGAUCUAAAUCAUACACCAAAAGUACUAUCUUAAGAUACGUCCAAAAGGCAAUCAGCAAAGAUCGAAGUCAAAGAACUCGGUUAGAUACGUAUUAUUUCCUACGGUUUUAUGGACAACCCCUUUUGGUAUACAAGGCUGCAGAUGACCGUUUUCAAGAUGGGACCCAAUUUGAAUUGCAUAUUAUCAUGGAUAAACAAUACACAUUUCUAGCUGGAAUGAUAAAAUAUGCAGUUACUGACCCAGAAACUGGCUUACGUGGAACCAGAGAGAUGGUGUGUAAGUUUUAUCCAGGAACUCAAUUCCAACAAUAUGUCCAGCCUCGAUGA